CGCCCCGAAUACGAAACGGGUUAAAGAGAUAUAUUUCAUAAUCCGCCCUGCCUCAUAAUUCAUCUCAACUCAAUUGAAAACGUCAAUUUAGCUAGAUUUCUUCCUAUUCCACACUCCACAGAGAAAUAAUAUAUGGGAUGAGACUUGAGUUGAGCUCGACUCAGAACUCAGAGGAAGCGCUGCAGAGAUGGUGGCGACAGGGUUAGGGGGAGCCGCAGCGUUAUCCCCUCUUCUGCUUCUCCCUACUUGUAGCUCCAACAAAUGCCCACCAUCUCUGCUACCACCCUCUUCUCCUCUGCUCUCUCGUAGUCCCCCCCUCCUCCACGGCCGCUCUUCUCUCUCUUCGUCUUCGUCUUCGUCUUCGUCUUCAUCUUUCCAAGCAUGUUGUCUUCGGUCUCCCUAUCCCUCCUCUUCCUCCACCCUUUCAAGAACAACCCAUCAUCGCUUCUUUCCUCUCCAACUUCCACUUCCCAUCUCCUCCCCCACUUCCCACUCGACCCAUCCCCAUCUCCUCUGUAGGGCCACUGAGUACAAAUUUCCCGACCCAAUCCCCGAAUUCGCUGACGCUGAGACCGACAAGUUUAGGACUCAUAUGCUUGCGAGGCUGACCGAGAAGAAUCAGUAUUUCGGCGAUUUUGUUGAGGAAAUCGUCGACAUCUGCACCGAGAUCCUAAGUAAUUUCCUACACGCAGAAUACGGUGGGCCUGGGACACUCUUGGUUAUACCUUUCAUCGACAUGGCCGACACUAUCAGAGAGAAGGGGCUUCCGGGGGCGCCUCAAGCCGCUCGGGCGGCAGUCUGGUGGGCCGAAAAGCACAUCGACAAGGAUUGGAAGGAAUGGACUGGAGAUAGGGACUGAAGACUGAAAAUCUUUCUUGCAAACAGGCGUAACGCCUAUUAGAUCAAUGUUGAGACGGAUGAUCUUUGCCUUCGCGGCUGUAACUGAACUACAAACAGUGAUAGGCUAUUGAGAGUAUUAUCAGUUGGUUAUGUCAGUUUAUUACUGAACAGUGAUAAGCAGGCAAAAUGUAGGAAGUUUUUCUUUUGUUGUUAUAGCAAUGAAACUUUUAUUAUCCUCUU